UGACGUUAAAGAGGACCGAUGAUGUGGACACAGUAGGACCAUAUAAAAGAUACGUCCUUCUGUAGGAAAUAAGAAGAUCAGAGGAUUCGCCAUCACACAAGAGUGAAGAUGACAUGGUACAACACCAACUUCCAGAACACUGCUGGGAUGGACACAUCUCACAAGAAGGCUCUGGUGUUCAUGUUGCUACUGCUGCUGGCUCAACUGGGAUGUAACGCGCAGAGUGUGCCUGAGUGCUGCAGACAGCCAGCUAGCUCCUGUCGCCUCCAAGUGCUGCUGUGUCGUUCCGGCAGCAAGAGCAUGGGGGGAACCAUCACAGGAGAUGCAGCCGCUGGGAUUCUCACACUGGGUAAACGGAAUGAGGAUGAGUUUCAUUUGCAGAGCCGACUCCAUCAACUUCUUCAUGGCCACAAGAACCAAGCAGCUGGGAUACUGACUAUGGGGAGGAGGACCGCAGAGAGGGAUAGAGAGAGAUAAACAGACUAGUUGGGUCUCUCAAGAAAUGCUAUUGUGACACUUUUGCCUGUAUAAACUAAUAAUGUUCAUACAAUGUUUAUAGAAAUAUUUUAAUUAUAUGAAAUAUUGUAUGUAAACAAAUAAAGAAAAUUUAAUAAUU